AUGGACGUGCAACAACUCUUCAGAAAUCUUCAGAAAGAAGCAGAGUGUCCGUUGUGUUUAGAGACAGUCAACAAUCCCAAGACUUUGCCAUGUCUUCACUCAUUCUGCCUUGAGUGUCUCGACAAACAUGCAGGCUUCGCAAGAAGACAGCUUCAAACAACAAUCAAAUGUCCGGUUUGUCAGACAUCUUUUCAAAUCCCCGAAGGCGACUCGUGCCACAUCUUAUCAUCUCAACCGACUGGUGGAUGUUCUGGCUCUUAAAGAUGGCGGCGCACAGGCCAAAAAUGUGGCAGUUGUGAUGAGAACAACACCGCUUCCUCUUACUGUUUCGUGUGCCAGAACUUUCUAUGCACUCCUUGUUUUGAAGCUCACCAACGCUUGAAGGCCACAAGAGGUCAUCGCAAUGUUGUGAUAGAGAAAUUACAAGCACAAGAUGUGGAGGAUUUGAUCCUCAAACCCAUCAUGUGUUCACAGCAAUAUCACGAAAAUCAACCGUUGGAAUUUUAUUGCGAAGAAUGCAAAGUUCCCAUAUGCCACAAGUGCAGUGUAGUUAGCCAUAAUCGACACACCAUAACAGACACUCAGAAAGCCGCACAAGUACAGAAGAUCCAAAUGAUGGACGCUUUGGAGAAAGUGAAAGCGAAAACCGUUGUUUACGAGAAAAAAGUACAGAAACAAACCGAGUUAAUGGAUAGGAACAAGAAAGAAAUUAUGUCGUGCGAAAAGAAGAUGACAGAUUUAGUGGACGAGUUGAUUCGCGAUUUGCGGGAACAUGAGAGAGCCAUGAAAACCAAAUUUGCUGAAAUUUAUGAAGCGCAACAAAAAAAAUCACGCAACACAACUAGAAAACUUUGA